AUGUUGUUCUGCUCCAGGGGACCUGUCCUCCUGCGCUCCCAAGGAAACAUGCUUCUCUUCUGGAUGUCUUGUGGAUCCCUACUCCCUCUCCUGGUCCUCUGCUAUAAUGAACAAGAACGCUGCACAAUCCAGGAGAACAAACAAUAUCAUGGUAGGGUCUAAGUCUAAGAAACGUUUUAACAGAUAUCGAUGACAACAAAAUGUAUAAGUUGGACAUAUGGCUAAAUGUUUAAUUGUGGACAUUAUAGAAAGUAUUAUUAAGAUAUAGACAAUAUCACAACACUGCCAUCCACUUGGUCAUGUAUUUUUUCCAGAAGUGAUUGUAGAUAAUACUUUCUUCCCUAUAGAGAGACCUGUACUCUACAUCAUACAGCACAAUGUGUUCUAAUUCUAUUAUCUAUAUCCUUGUUCCCAGUCCCUCUAUCCACAGUGUCCCCUGUGCUUGAGUCCUUGCGGUGCUACAAUGACUACACCUCCUACGGCCGCUGUAGCUGGGAGGAGAGUCCACACACGUCCGCACAAGCUCCGUUAGCCCUAUUCUACUGGGACAGCACUGAGAACCGGUAAAGAUAGAGCUGAUGGGGUGAUGAGAGGACGGAGGGAGGGAGGGAGGGAGGGAGGGAGGGAGGGAGGGAGGGAGGGAGGGAGGGGAGAAGGAAGAGGUGGACACUGAGAAACAAUGUACUCAAUGGACUGAUGUCUCUCUCUAUCUCUCGCUCUCUCUUUUUCUCUCCCCUCCAGUGAGUCCCUGUGUAAACCCUAUGGUCAGCCAGCACUGAAUCCCAACAAUAGCAAGCUCACCGUCCAGUGUCAGUACAACACUCUUUACUUUGGCAUCAAUACCAACCAUGUCUUCUUCUUCAAGACCACCUGUCCCCCUGCCCUGCUUCUGUCUAAGAAUGGUGAGUUUAAACAUUACAGGACCCCUGUCAUAAUUGGUUCUCAAUCAUUUUACAUUUACAUUUUAGUUAAAAGUUAGCUAGCAGAUUACCCAAUUCAGUAGAAAUAUAUAGGGUCCUAUAUCUGUUUUAUUUGACUAUUCAUUUAUGUGUUUUUUCGUUUUUGACAGUGUGUGUGUGUGUGUGUAUUUGUGUGUAUUACAGUGAGGGUGCGUCAACCAGUCCACCUAUCACAGCAGGCUGUAGAGAGAGGGGGCUGUUUGCUCAGCUGGGAAAGCCUCUACCCCCCCUCGUCCCUCCUGUCCCCCACUCUCAACUACCAGGUCAACUACAGGAGGUCUAACCAGGAUGACUGGAUAGUAUGUACUGGAGUAACAAACAAUUGGCUUGAGUACCAUAUCUUGUUUGUGCUAUAUAUUUCCAACUCCCUGUCACUCAUUGUCAAGGACAGAAGGCAAGAGGUGGUGGUCCUCUGUAGUUCAGCUGGUAGAGCACGGCGCUUGUAACGCCAAGGUAGUGGGUUCGAUCCCCGGGACUACCCAUACACAAAAAAAAAAGAAAAUGUAUGCACGCAUGACUGUAAGUCGCUUUGGAUAAAAGCGUCUGCUAAAUGGCAUAUUAUAUAUUAUAUUAUAUUAUAAGAGCACAAAUUAAUCUGGGACCAGGUUAACAUACAAGGUGCUCUCAAAGACCCCUAUUCAUCUAAGAAAUGUGCUUCUGAAUCUUCAUAAAUACAGUAUACACUCUUAGAAAAAAGGCUGUUAUCUAGAACCUAAACGGGUUCUUUGGCUGUCCCCAUAGGAUAAAUCUUUUUGGUUCCAGGUAGAACCCUUUUUGAUUCCAGGUAGAACUCUUUUGGGUUCCAUGUAGAACAUGGAACCCAAUAGGGUUCUACCUGGAACCAAAAAGGGUUCUUCAAAGGGUUCUCCUAUGGGGACAGCCGAAGAACCUGUUUAGGUUCUAGAUAGCACCUUUUUUUCUAAGAGUGUUGGAGGACUGUUAGUUAACAUAUUGCUUAUGAUUUCCAACCCUCUUGUAAAAAGACAUGCUAAUUCUCAUAGUUAUUCAUCAUGGCAUGAGAUAUCCCCCGCAAAACAAGCACAAGCAUAGGGUAGUUUUGCUCGGUUACAAAAUCAUCACUUCUUUAGAAUCAUUAACCACUACCUCUCUGCUUCCUGCCCAGCGGAAUCACCAGAGUUUCAUAACGUUCAGGGGCUCAGUCCUGAAGAGCAGGGGCUGAGGGGGAUGUGGGUGAGGAAAAAAGGGCCUUUUCUAAAAUCAUUUCCUGCAAUUGUACGUCAUUUUACAUGACUGGAGACAUUACAAUAAUAUUAUUCUAUACCACACGAAUGAUCAAAAUGUCAAGCUACUCUGACAUUUACAUAUUGAGAUCACUAAAACAAACGACCCAUGCCUUGAAUGCAACCAAUAGCAUAGGCCAAUGAAAAUAGUGGAUACACAGAUCUUAGGCCUACAAUAAUAAGGAGGAAAUUAUAGUCCAUCAACUUUCCAGUGGCACUCACCUAUUCAAACAGUAUUUUCCUCAAUUGUAUUUUGAAAUAUUGCUAAAUACCUUCUAGCUGCUGCCUGCUGUUCAUUGACAGCCACAACUCAACAAUCAGCUGUUUGAUAUUUUCUGCACAGGCUGUCCAAUUGCAGGAUUCCCAACUGUAGACUAAGGCCUAUGCGCUCAUAAUGUGACAAAACACUAUCUACAGCAAUUUGGCUAAAUUAUGCUGCUGUAGUAUUUUCAAUGAUUUCACUUAUUUUUAUUGAGACAGGAGUAAUUAUAUAAUUUGUCAAAUUUAUUUCAAUUUAUCUGCAGCACUUCCAGCACCCCUUCCUGCAGCGCUAUGGUUUCUUCCAUGUGCUGUGCUCUCCCCAAGGCCAAAUAAUCAACACAUAUUAUUAUUAAUUAAAUUGAUUGUGGUCAGUAACCCUAUAUGAGGUUAUUGUGUAGGUAGGCCUACUGUUACAAUAAUAUUUAAAAUAAUCUAAUCUAUCAGCAAGUAGCCUAGCCUACAAUUACAAGACAAUAAAUUCAGUAAGUCAAUGAAGCCAAUAGCGGUUUCAGCUAGAUUGUUAUUGAAACGAUGUAGGCCUUAUGACCUUUUUAAACAAUAACAAAAUAUGUCAAAGGACUUGAAUAGCCUAUGGGAAAAGUGUAAAAAUCUGUAUUCGCAUCAGUAAGCUAAGUGACUGAAAUGCAGCAGAAAAAAAAAAAAGGAAAGUUCAGGAAAACAUCAGGGAAGCUCAUCAGGUAGGCUAUAGCCUAAUGUGUGUGUAGAUCAAAUCUGCAUUGCUUUUAAUUGCUAGACUAAUGAUCAUGAGCACUCACCUUAACUUAGAUAACAUUACCCAGCCUAAUUGUAACCUAAAAUCCAAACAGAGAUUCAGUGAAAACAAAAAUCUGACAUUGAUUUAUCAAGAUGAGUUCCAAUGCUUGUCUCAAAGCAGCACAAUGACGCUGUCCCGAUCAAAACGGUGCUGGAAUUAUCAGUUGACCACACAUGGCAAUUGCUUUACAUUUAUUAUUACCAGUGGUGUAGUGCUAUUUUUUAGGUAGCCUACCGGAGCACCAUUUUUACAAUUAUUAUUAUGCCAUUAAUAAGCCAUUUCUGAAUGAAAGUUGGUACCGACAUGAAACCUUUCAUACAGAAAAUCCUAAACCACCAAAUUAGGCCUACCUUAUUAUAAAUUAGGCCAUCAUCACUGUCAAUCGUGAAUGAUAAUUCUUCACGUUUUACAGGUGAAACGUCCAUGCUGCAUGCAUGCCAACCAUUUGAUCCCAUUCAGUUUCAUGGGAAUAUGCAUUUCGAUCUUCUGAAUGAUGUAAAUAAGGGUGGCUAACACUAAUCAAAUUUUAGAGCAUAUAGAGUUAAACACAGCCACCGCAUGAGAAAAAAAAUUGUACAUUUCAGUACAAUCAUCCUAAAUUGUUGUAAGAAAUGACAUGGUGUUUUUGGUAUAACAGUAGCCUGACAUUAUCAUGUUAUUAUAUACGGUUUGUUAUGUAGAAUACUUAUUAAUCAUUAAGUGAUCUUGCACCAUCCUGAGAAAUGGCGGAUCAUCGCUCUGCUGCGCACCGGCAGCACUAUACCACUGAUUAUAAUGGUUAGAUGACUUCGGGAGUUUCAUAUAACCACAGCUCUAUGAACUAUACUGAACAAAAAUAUGAAUGCAACAUGUAAAGUGCUGGUCCCAUGUUUCAUAAGCUGAAAUAAAAGAUCCCAGACAUUUUCUAUACACACAAAAAGCUUACUUCUCUCAAAUUGUGUGCACAUAUUUGUUAACAACCCUGUUAGUGAGCAUUUCUCAUUUGCCAAGAUAAUCCAUCCCCUGACAGGUGUGGCAUAUCAAGAAGCUGAUUAAACAGCAUGAUCAUUACACAGGUGCACCUUGUGCAGGGGACAAUAAAAGGCCACUCUAAAAUGUGAAGUUUUGUCACACAACACAAUGUUACAGAUGUCUCAAGUUUUCAGGGAGCAUGCAAUUGGCAUGCUUACUGCAGGAAUGUCCACCAGUGCUGUUGCCAGAACAUGUAAUGUUAAUUUCUCUACCAUAAGCCGCCUCCAACGUUGUUUUAGAGAAUUUGGCAGUAUGUCCAACCGGCCUCACAACUGCAGACCACGUGUAACCACUCCAGCCCAGGACCUUCACAUCCGGCUUCUUCACCUGCGGGAUUGUCUGAGACCAUCCACCCGGACAGCUGAGGAAACUGAGGAGUAUUUCUGUCUGUAAUAAAUAACUUUUAUGGGGAAAAACUAAUUCUGAUUGGCUGAGCCUGGCUCCCCAGUGGGUGGCCUGGCUCCCUAGUGGGUGGGCCUAUACCCUCCCAGGCCCACCCAUGGCUGCGCCCCUGCCCAGUCAUGUGAAAUACAUAGAUUAGGGCCUAAUUUAUUUAUUUCAAUUGACUGAUUUCCUUAUAUGAACUGUAAUUAUUGAAAUUGUUGCAUGUUGCGUUUAUGUUUUUGUUCAGUUUAAGUGGCGCAUUCAGUUGACUACAAUUUUUUUUUACACCAUUGCAGCAGCGCAAAAGAUUCAGGGCUGACCCAAAAUAAUUUGGGGCUAAAUCCCCGAAAGCCAGGUCCUGGUGACGUCCAUGUUCCUGCCUCAUUCAUCUUGCACGUCACGAUCCUCACCAAAGAUUACCACGCUACUAUCUGAGACUGAGUUGAUGUCACAAGGCAGAAGUACAGAAAAAAAAAUUCACCACCGGGAGUCCGAUAAAGAUCAGGGCUGUGUCUCAAUAGUCUUAAGUGGUGUCCUCCCUUUCAUCUGCACUGAUUUGAAACCACAGGAUAGGUGAAAGCAAUUUAAAUAUUAUUUCAGGAAGUCUACUUUCACCUGUCCAGACCAGGUGCUUCACACUAGUGCAGAUGAAGGGAAGGAGGCAAAGAAAGGAACCCACUGGGCACACACUGGUUGAAUCAACGCUGUGUCCACGUUAUUUCAAUGAAAUUAUGUUGAACCAACGUGGGAUAGACUUUGAAUUGAUGUCUGUGCCCAGUGGUGAGUUACAUUAGUAAAUUCAGAUGCACACAUAAUGUGCGUGCCAAAUGGCACCCUAUUGCCUAUAUAGUGCACAUUUUUGGACCAUAUUCUUUGUUUCUCUCUGUGUAGGCAGUGGAGGUUGAGGACUCCCAACUGAGUGUGGAGGCUGAGGCUCAGGGGUCUGGCUGCCAGUAUGAGGCCAAGGUGAGGGCAAGGGGGAAGACGGGACUGUGGAGCGAGUGGAGCCCCCUAGUGACCUGGUUGACUGAGGAGGGUGAGUGGAAACCCUACAUACACUGUAUGCACAAUUAUUAGGCAAGUCAGUAUUUUGACCAUAUCAUCAUUAUUAUGCAUAUUUCCCAACUCCAAGCUGUAUAAACUGUAAUGCUUAUUGGAUUUAAGCAUAUCAGGUGAUGUGUAUUUGUGUAAUGAGGGAGGGUGUGGCCUAAGGAGAUCAACACCCUAUAUCAAGGUGUGUAUAAUUAUUAGGCAGCUUCUUUUCCUCAGGCAAAAUGGGCCAACAAAGAGAUUUAACUGACUCUGAAAAGUCAAAAAUUGUAACAAGUAUUUCAGAGGGAUGCAGCACUCUUGAAAUUGCUAAGAUAUUAGGGCGUGAUCACAGAACCAUCAAACGUUUUGUUGCAAAUAGUAAACAGGGUCGCAAGAACCGUGUUGAGAAAAAAAGACGCAAAUUAACUGCCAAAGAUUUGAGGAUAAUCAAAUGUGAAGCUACCAGGAACCCAUUAUCCUCCAGUGCUGUCAUAUUCCAGAACUGCAACCUACCUGGAAUGCCAAGAAGUACAAGGUGUUCAGUGCUCAGAGACAUGGCCAUGGUAAGGAAGGCUGAAACCCGACCACCACUGAACAAGACACAUAAGCUGAAACGUCAAGACUGGGCCAAGAAAUAUCUGAAGACAUAUUUUUCAAAGGUUUUAUGGACUGAUGAGAUGAGAGUGACUAUUGACGGACCAGAUGGAUGGGCCCGUGGCUGGAUCAGUAACGGGCACGGAGCUCCACUUCGACUCAGACGCCAGCAAGGUGGAGGUGGGGUACUGGUAUGGGCUGGUAUUAUUAAAGAUGAGCUAGCUGGACAUUUUCGGGUUGAAGAUGGACUCAAACUCAACUCCCAAACCUACUGCCAGUUUUUAGAAGACACUUUCUUCAAGCAGUGGUACAGGAAAAAGUCUGCAUCUUUCAAGAAGACCAUGAUUUUUAUGCAGGACAAUGCUCCAUCGCAUGCAUUGAAGUUCUCCACUGCGUGGCUAGCCAGUAAAGGCCUUAAAGAUGAAAGAAUAAUAACAUGGCUCCCUUCCUCACCUGACCUAAACCCUAUUGAGAACUUGUGGUCCCUUCUUAAACGGUUGAUUUACGGUGAAGGAAAACAGUACACCUCUCAGACCAGUGUCUGGGAGACUGUGGUUGCUGCUGCACAAAAAGUUGAUCGUCAACCCUUUUGUUCUCUCUCUCUCUCUCUCUCUCUCUCUCUCUCUCUCUCUCUCUCUCUCUCUCUCUCUCUCUCUCUCUCUCUCUCUCUCUCUCUCUCUCUCUCUCUCGCCCUCCUGCUCCCUCCCUCCCUCCCUCACCUCCCUUCCCUCCCUCACUCAGACCCUGUGCCAGGCCACUCCAAUGCGCAGUGUGUGUUGGAUGAGGAGAAUGUGGUGACAUGCAGCUGGGAGGUGAAGAGAGACCUGGCUCAGUUCCUUACCUUCCAUCUGUCCUGCAAACACAACCACACUGCACCGUGAGUUAGGAUCUGCUGCCAAAGCACUGUGUGUAUGCCUUUGUGUGUUUGCGUGCCUGCAUGCGUGCAUGCGUUCGUGUGUGUGUGCCCAUGGAUGAGAGACGAAACAGUUGACUACACUUCAGUCUCAUAGAUUACUACUCUCUUUCACAGCAUUGUCCUCCCUCUUCUCCAUCCAUCCAUCCAUUUCUCUCUCCCUUUUGCCAUCUCUCAAGAGCCCAGAAAUGCUGUGUUAACACCAUGGUCAGCGCUCCAUCCAGGGGUCCAAUGCUCAAAUACAGCUGCUCCUUCCCUGUCCCAAACUCAGAGCAGCUAGAGGUGGAGCUCAUCCCCACACGCAACACCAAAGAGUUUCAAACACACAAACACAGUGAGUCAUUUUCACUCUGACACAGGGGUGAUGUUUUGGGGAGAAUAAAAUCUCAUAGCUGAGACUCAAUUUAUGAUUAUAUUUGUUUUGAUGCAAUCCAGAAAAUAUACUGCCUCAGUGAUUGUGUAUCAGUGCUGCCACCUGGAGUUUGUAUUGUGGUAUCACAGGCACAAUUUACUGCUGAUUCCCAAGUGUAUUCUCAAAAGUGACUCUAGAAGGUUUUGUAUAAUUUCAGCCAGUAGUUUAGAAAUUAGUGCUCAUGAGCCAAAACGGGUCCAGGGAAAUUGUGCACAACUGUGUACAGCAUCAUCCAUUUCGCAUGAUAUGUUACGUCCUGCAAAAAAUGUAUACGUUGGUAAGUGCUUAAGAUCCCGUUCAAUCUCUUUAAAGAUUCUUGAUGUCUCUCUCUACACAGUUCGUCCAAACCGUCCACUCGACGUGCAGAUAGAAGAGAUAGAUGGGAACUGGAUUCUAAAAUGGAAUCAUUCAAAAUCAAAAGUUGAACUCUCCUAUCAAGUGCACUACUGGAGUAAUGAGACUCAGGUAGGAGUAGUAUUUGAUCUAUUUUUGUGCUAUACUUUCACAGGAAGUGGGAUGAUGCAAAAGCAAUGUAUUUUCAUUUUCAGUAUUACAUUUGAUCAUCUCUAGAUCAUCAUCUAAAGAACGCUCAUCAAGCGAGAUAGACUGUUGCUUUCUUAAUCAUCUCAUGAAUAGAUCAUUUGAUGAUGAUUGAUAAUUCUACGGUGUCUCACUUGGUUCUGUCCAACCUUCUCUUUUUCAGGAGGAUACUAGGCUCCUCAAUGUCUCCCAGGGGUCCUUCUCGCUCUCCAUCCUGGGGGGGUCCCUGCGCCCCUCUGAAUGCUACCUGGUUAAGGUGAGAGCCCUGGUGGUCCCGGGAAGGGGUGAUACUUUUGAAGGACCACCUUCAGAAUGGACCGACCCAGUGGAGUGGACCUCACAAUCA